AUGGUUUUACGCUCUUUCCUCGCAGAGGGCCUGUGCACGUUUCUUUUUGCAUAUGCUGUCUACGCUGUAAUCACUGGAGUCAACAUAACGCCAGGGGACGAAGGAAUUGCAAACAUAGCAGUUACUCUGACCAUAGCCCUUACAAGUGUUUCCAUUAUAUACGCUUUCAUGGAUAUUACCAUAGCCCACUUUAACCCUGCAAUUACGCUUGCUGCCAUAGUAACAGGAAAGCUUCCCAUAUGGAUGGGGCUCGGGUACAUAAUUAUGCAGUGUGCCGGUGCUAUGCUUGGCUCUGCAGCAAUGCUCCUCACAAAGCCUGGAACUUCCUCAGAGCUCCUUGGGUACACUCGGUCGACGCUUUCACCGAAUGCUGACAUAGGAGAGGCAAUCCUCACGGAAAUGAUUCUUACGGGAGCACUCACAUACGUUGCAUUCUCUGUGGCUAUAAAUGUGUUCAACCCUCCCACACAGGUGAAGAUAGAAAUACCCGAUGAAGUCGAAGACAACGACAAACUUCGAGUUGUCACUUCGCAGGCUCCAAACAGAUCAGCAUUUGCUCCAAUUGCGAUUGGGUUUACGCUAGGAUUCCUCUCUCUCCUGGGAAUAGGCUCCAGUGGUGGUGUGUUCAAUCCUGCGAUUACACUUCCUCCCGUGCUGUUCUCUGGCGUGUGGGUGAACUGCUGGGUGUACUGGGUUGGCCAGUUUGUAGGAGGAAUUGUGGGAGCUCUGCUGCAUGUCAUAAUAUUUGCUAAGUCUGUAUAA